AUGAAAAAAAACUGCCUGCUCCAUUUCCUUUCCGAUUUUCCUUCCUCGUUUAUUUCUCCAUGGAACAUUCUAGAAAAAGAAAUCUUUGUUUUCUUCCCCCUUUCUCAUCAAAAACUCGUAACCAUUGCCUUUCUUUUCCGUCCCCCCUCCCCCUCCCCCUUUUUUUUUCCUGUUUUUCGUUUUCGUUUUCUUUUUUCUUUUUCUUCCCUUUAUUUGUUUCUGUUUACUGUCGUUUCAAAUGAGCUAACAAAAAAAAAAAAAAAGAAAAAGAAAAAGAGAAUGAAACACAGGGAAAAGAUAGCACACCCACACACCCCACCUAACAGGACACUUUUACGUUUUUUUUUUCUGUCUCCUCUGAAGUUCCAGAGGGUUCCAUCGGGUUCCAUCAGGCAUAUUACUAAGGCCAUUGUUUUGCUCUUACUAAGUGGUUUGUCUUUUUUUUUUCCUCUUCUCUUCUCUUCUUUUCUUUUCUUUUCUUUUCUUUUCUUUUCUUUUCUUUUCUUUUGUGUGUGUGUGGUCUUUUUCUUGAUUUUCUAUCUCUGUUGGAAUCACAAAAUGUUCUUUGACGUUCUUUGA